GUUAGUACUAAAUUUAUAAAGAAAACGGUAAAAAUUACCUCUGGAAAUGACAUUAUUCUUUUCUGCAAUAGUUUCAGUUUCUGGAUUGGCGACGUUGGGUGGUUGGGCGGAUGGUUGAACCUCCUGCAUCAAAACACAACACACACACAAGCUGAUAUACGAACACAGGCCGGAGAGAGGAAAAUGGAGUAAAAGGGAGAGAGAGAGGAGAAAGGGGAGAGAAAGUUGAGGAAAGAGAGAUCGAUCGAUCGAGAGGAAAAACAGACGUAUCGCGACUGUUUGUGGCGUGUUCUCGCCGGUAAUCCGCUGGACUAGCCACCAGAAAACACCCCCAGUCACUAUUUGUUGUUACUGUUCCGGCGAAACCCGCCGGAAAACGACGCCACUAGCUCCACUCUUCCCAAACCCGACCCGGAACUGUGUUAUUGCUCGUUUUCUUUGUGGAUUUGUGAUUUGGAGUUCGUAUUAAGUUUUUUUUUUUUCGUUGCUUUGAUUUCUGUUCGGUUUUGCGGUUCUCGAUUCUGGGCUGGUUUCGUUCAUUUUGAGGUUGUCCGUCGGUUUCCAAAUCUGUGCGGGUUGUAUUUCUCAAUACCGAGUUGUCGUUGUCGUUAUUGAGGUUUGAUUCGAGGUUCUUCGGCGCGGAUUCCGUUUCGAAAGCUCCAUCAAGUGAAUUAUCAUGGAGAAGCAGAAUACGUUGGAUUACAUCAACCAGAUGUUUCCCACAGAAGCAUCUCUAUCUGGCGUUGAGCCCCUUAUGCAGAAGAUACAUAGUGAAAUUCGUCGUGUUGAUGCUGAAAUAUUGACUGCUGUUCGGCAACAGAGUAACUCUGGGACCAAAGCCAGAGAAGAUCUUGCUGCAGCUACGAGUGCUGUGCAGGAACUCAUGAAUAAGAUUCGAGAAAUUAAAACCAAAGCAGAGCAAAGUGAAACAAUGGUUCAAGAAAUAUGUCGCGAUAUUAAGAAAUUGGAUUUUGCAAAGAAGCACAUAACAACAACAAUUACUGCCCUUCACCGCCUAACCAUGCUAGUCUCUGCAGUAGAGCAACUUCAAGUAAUGGCUUCCAAACGUCACUAUAAAGAGGCAGCUGCACAGCUUGAGGCUGUAAACCAGCUCUGUAGUCAUUUUGAAGCCUAUAGGGAUAUUCCUAAGAUAACAGAACUUAGAGAAAAGUUUAAGAGCAUCAAACAAGUCCUCAAGUCACACGUGUUCUCUGACUUCUCCAGUUUAGGCACAGGGAAGGAGACAGAAGAAAGUAAUCUAUUACAGCAGUUAUCAGACGCGUCCUUAGUUGUUGACGCUCUCGAGCCUUCUGUUAGAGAAGAGUUGGUGAAAAUUUUUUGUAAUAGAGAACUCACCUCGUACCAGCAGAUAUUUGAAGGAGCAGAACUAGCUAAGUUGGACAAAACUGAAAGGAGAUAUGCUUGGAUCAAGCGUCGGCUAAGAACAAAUGAGGAGAUUUGGAAAAUUUUCCCCCGUUCGUGGCACGUCGAUUAUUUGCUUUGCAUUCAGUUCUGCAAGUUGACAAGGUCUCAACUUGUGGAAAUCCUUGUUAGCAUGAAAGAAAAGCCAGAUGUAGCAACCUUGUUGACAGCUCUGCAGCGCACUUUGGAAUUUGAAGAGGAGUUAGCAGAGAAAUUUGGUGGUGGAACCCGCAGUAAAGAUGCUGUAGAUGACAAUGAAGAAACAGAAAUGAGUGGAAACAAGAGUCAGACAGUUUCAGACAUUCGGAAAAAGUAUGAGAAAAAGCUUGCUGCCCAUGAUGGUAGUCAACAUGAAGAACUACAUGGAGAAAAAGAUGCAUCAGUCCCAGGAGCUGGUUUCAAUUUCCGAGGCAUCAUCUCUUCAUGCUUUGAACCUCACUUGUCAGUUUAUAUAGAGCUGGAAGAGAAAACUCUUAUGGACAGUUUGGAGAAAGAAAUGCUGGAAGAGACAUGGGAAAUUGAGGAGGGAAGUCAGACUAAUAUUUUGUCUAGCAGCAUUAAGGUCUUUGUAAUCAUCAGGAGGAGCUUGAAGCGAUGCAGUGCUUUGACGAGAAACCAGACACUGUUUAAUCUCUUUAAGGUAUUUCAAAAAGUUCUUAAGGCUUAUGCUACAAAGCUCUUCGCUAGAUUGCCAAAGGGUGGUACAGGAAUUGUUGCAGCUGCCACUGGAAUCGAAGGACAGAUAAAGACUUCGGACAAGGAUGAAAGGGUUAUCUGCUACAUAGUAAAUACUGCAGAGUAUUGUCACAAAACGUGCGGAGAAUUGGCUGAUAAUGUGUCAAAACUGAUUGAUGCUCAAUUUGUGGAUGGAGUGGAUAUGUCUGAAGUACAGGAUGAAUUUUCAGCAGUUAUUACAAAAUCAUUGAUUACAUUAGUGCAUGGAAUCGAAACAAAGUUUGACUCUGAAAUGGCGGCGAUGAGUCGGGUUCCAUGGAGUACUCUUGAAAGUGUUGGUGAUCAGUCAGACUACGUGAACGGCAUAAAUUUGAUCCUUACGAGUAGCAUUCCAGUGCUCGGAAGUCUUCUCUCUCCCAUUUAUUUCCAAUUCUUCCUGGAUAAGCUUGCGUCAUCUCUUGGUCCACGGUUCUAUCAUAACAUCUUCAAAUGCAAACAGCUAUCAGAGACUGGAGCACAGCAAAUGCUUUUGGAUACACAAGCAGUAAAGACUAUUUUGCUGGAAAUUCCUUCUCUGGGUAAACAAACAGCAGGAGCUGCUAGCUACUCAAAAUUUGUGAGUCGUGAGAUGAGCAAAGCAGAAGCAUUAUUGAAGGUCAUACUGUCUCCAAUAGAUUCUGUGGCGGAUACAUACUGUGCGCUGCUUCCAGAGGGAACGCUCACAGAGUUUCAGCGUCUUUUAGAGCUUAAGGGCCUGAAAAAAGCUGAUCAGCAGAGCAUACUGGAUGACUUCAACAAACGUGGGUCAGGCAUCUCUCAGCCUACCAUUAUGGCCUCUUCAGUUGUAACAUCUACUCCAAACACCUCAAUAGCACCGACCAUAACUAAUGCAGCAUCAUCACCUGGGGCUAUCAUUUCAAGAGAAGAUGUGCUGACCAGAGCAGCUGCUCUUGGAAGAGGUGCAGCUACAACAGGCUUUAAGAGAUUCCUCGCUUUAACAGAAGCUGCAAAAGAUCGGAAGGACGGGCCAUUCAGGAAGUUAUUCAAUGGAUGAGAACCACCCAACUUCUGAGCUCUAUCAUUCUUGGCAGCUCUUUUCCUUUAUUAGCUUCUCUGUAUCUUCCUUCCUUGUACGCUAUUAUUGUAAUAUCAACUAUUCAUUAAUGUUUUUCCAGGAAUAGUAGACGCUAUUGGACAUUUUUUGCAGUGUAGGUUAUAAAUUAGUGUUUAUCAAAAUAAAAAUCAUAUUUUUUAAA